AUGGAACUGAACCGAGAACAUUUUCGCGCCAAAAUUUAUUACAACUUUCAGAGACAAUUAUCGCAACAACAACGCCUUGCUGAGUUACUGUCUGUCUUCGGCAACGAAGCGCCACAACAGUCUGCAAUUUCCCGUUGGUAUGGAGAAUUCAAACGUGGACGGGUGAGUCUUAGCGGCGAUCCCAGGGUGGGUGCACCAAAAACGGCAGUCAUCCAGGAAAACGUCGAUGCUAUCUCAAAGACCUCAAUUCAAAAAAUUUUACAUGAAGAAUUAGGAGUAAGAAAACUAGUUUCUCGUUGGAUACCCCACCUGUUGACUGAAGAGCAGAAAGCAGCCAGGGUUAAACCCAACAAACGCCAUACGUUCUCAAGUGUUUCGAAAAAGAUGGUCGCGACAUUUGUGUCAAAAGCGGGUCAUAUUGCAACAAUUUCUUUUAAUGAGCAAAGAACUAUUACUGCAGAUUGGUAUACCACCAUUUGUUUGCCAAAAGUCAUCACCGAAUUCAUCCUCCACCAAGACAGUGCAAGCUCGCACACAGCCCAAAAAACAAGGCAGUAUUUAACAGAAGAAAACUUGGAAUUAUUGGCCCAUCCUCCAUAUAGUCCCGAUCUAAGUCCUAACGAUUUCUUUACUUUGUCGAAAAUUAAAAACAGACUGCGUGGUCAAAGGUUCCAGUCACCAGAAGAAGCAGUUGACGCAUUCAAAAAUGCCGUUUUGAAUCUGCCAGCAAACGAGUGGAAUAAGUGCUUCAAAAAUUGGUUCUAG